GACAUAGUGUUUUCUUGCAUUUUCUUGCAUUUAAAGGUGAUUAAAAACUUCAGGAUUUGUUCAUUAUUAAACUGAGAUUCUUGUUUACAUUAGUGUCGGUGAUUGUGAGAAUAAAACACCGGCUUCUGCUUCACGCAAUGACGCUUUAAACGCGUCCCAAAUGGCCGUUAAUUUCAACCCCUACAGAGGGACCCUCGGAGUUGUUUCUGUGAAGGGUGUACAGCGUUUGAAGGGAUUAGUGAAGGUGAAAGGCGUAGUGAUGAUCAGUUCACAAUGAAACACAGACACGGACCAGCCGCAGCCAGGUUUUUUUUCCCUCCGUACCAUAAAGAUCCGUAUAUACGCGCACUUGGGUUUUGACCGCUGUAGCCUUGGCUGGUUAUGAUAGCUAGCUGCUCCUAUCUAAUGGGGCGUCUGGGUAUUUAUAACACCUGUGUCUUUUAUUUAUCUAGUACACAACACAGUAUUGUGCUGUCUAAAUUACUGUACAACUAGUUAACAUGUAGCUAACAUUAAUUUAGAAAGAGUGCCAUUACUAGCUGAAAACAAUGCCUUUGUUUUUAUUAUAAACAGUGACAUGGUGGUGAUGCGACCUGUGUCAAAUCUUCAGCAGUGUUGCCAGGUCUGCUAAAGAAACCCGAAAUAAAAAUGAUGAAUUAUUACUAUUCCCUUCCAAACCCUGUACAAACCCUGUGCACUGCUUUUAAAGAGGAACAGCAGUGCCGUGAUCUGAUAAAAACAUGAUCUGAUCCUGGAUUGAUGAUCAGAUGUUCCAGCACUGAUGGAUUUGUACAUAAAACUAUUAAAAUUGUCAAAAACAUGACAAAACAGUAACACUUAAAGGAUGUCAGGAUGGCGAGUGUUCCUGACCUGCCAGACAGCCUGGUGCUGGAGAUCUUCCUGUGUCUCCCCCAUGCGGCGGUGCUGAACGCCGGCCUGACGUGUCGUCAGUGGUUCUCUGUGUCCAGAGACGAGUUCCUGUGGAGGGAGCUGUUCUAUAGUUAUUACUGUAUCCCGCGUUCGGUACCUCGCCACCCAGCGGCCGUGUCGUGGUACAGAGAGUUUAAGCGGCUCUAUGACUGCAUUCCCUGUGUGGAGGUACAGACUCUGAGGGAGCACCAUGACCAGGUUCUGCAUUUGGCCUUCUCUCAUAGCGGACAUCGCUUCUCCUCCUGUUCCAAAGACUGCACUGUCAAGCUUUGGGACACUGAGCGCCCAGAUGGCACCAUCUCUCUGGUGCACAGCUCCAGCAUGCGUCAGUUUAACUGGGGCUACACGCAGUUCUCCCAGUUCAACAGCGACGACACUCUGCUGCUGGUGUCGGGGGUCUACCUGGGACCACACCACUCCUCUUCUGGAGAGAUCGCUGUCAUCAGCUUAGAGAACUACACACUGCUCUCGCGAGUGAGGAACAAGCCCUAUGAUGUUUUUGGGUGCUGGCUAAACGAGACUCAUCUGAUUUCUGGCAACCUGCAUUGGAUUGGCAACAUGACCUCCUGCACCGUGCUGUGGCUCAACAAAGCUUUCCAGGACAUCGAGUCUGAAAACGUCAAUGUGGUCAAGCGCCUUUUUAAGAUCCAGAACGUCAAUGCCAGCACCAUUCGCACAGUGAUGGUGGCGCACUGCCGACGGCACGACACGCCCGACCUGCUGCUCGACUACGAGGCACAAUCUCAGGCCCAAGCCCAGCAGCAGCACAAAGGAGAAUCUCAGCACCACCAGCCACUGCUUUUCAACUUAGGAUCGUCAGACAGUGAGGAAGAAGACGAGGAAAGAGACGAAGAAGGCGAAGAGCAUACUGAAACAAGGCACUCUGUUCAUCUGCCCCAUCUCGGCCCUUCCAGACUAGAGCACGUCAAACAUGGUCUUCAGAGUGGAAGCGCUCACGAGCGUGAACUGGAGGCGCGAGUGGCUCGGCUCAUGGGUAGCAGUCGCACCAAAGCACCCGAUCCCAGCCUGGUAGCACCUUCUGCCCCUGGGGAGGGAGAGGACAAGACCUAUUUACUGUUUACCACAGGCAGCCUUACCUACUCACCUCACCAGAUAGGUAUUAAACGGAUCAUGCCUGAUCAGAUGACCACGUGUGGACCUGUACUAGGGGAGGAGCGCAGCGCUGAGGAAUUUUUUGAUUCAUUAGAUCAUGUGAUCGAUAUUCACGGCCACAUUAUUGGCAUGGGCUUGUCACCUGACCACAGAUACCUGUACGUGAACAGUCGCGCAUGGCCGGCGGGCUGCGUGAUUUCAGACCCCAUGUCUCCUCCACCCAUAGCUGAAGAGAUCGACAUGCACGUGAUCGACCUGAAGAGCCUGCGAGAGGAGCGGCGCAGCCUCCGUGCACACCGAGCCUUCACCCCCAAUGACGAAUGCUUCUUUAUUUUCCUCGACGUCAGUCGUGACUUCGUGGCCAGUGGUGCUGAAGACAAGCACGGCUACAUCUGGGACCGCCAUUACAACAUCUGUCUGGCCCGCCUGCAGCACGACGAUGUGGUGAACUCCGUGGCCUUCAGCCCCACUGACCAGGAGCUCCUGCUGUCCGCCAGCGACGACUCCACCAUCAAAGUGUGGCGCUCUCCACGCAUGGUGCGCCUGGCACGGCGCCCGACCAGAGCCCGUGACCUUCUCGCUUCCCUCCGAGCUCGCCGGAAUGCUAACACUAAUUUGAAUGGCAAGCUCUGAACAGGAAAAUCAGCCUGAGAACAGGCACGGAGAGCAAGGACACGGUGGAGGCUCGACUGUAAAAACACUCCAGCUUCUAAGAUCAUGACUGUGUGGUCUCACUUUAACAAAAAGGACCACCUUUCCAAUACCGUUACGCGUUGGCAUGUCUCGGAGAUGACGUGAAGGUCUUUGUUAAAGGAAAGAAGCACUCAAGGGGUGCAAAAAGAACCACCUGUUGAUGACUUCAUAAGAAAAACAGCUCUUGUGCUGCCAUUUUUGUUAAACAAAUUAAAAAAGAAUUUGUCUUUAUCGAAAAAAGAUCACCUUAAGAGUGUGUGAUAUUUGCUGUGGGUUGGUCCACUGUAAGCAUGUUGUGUUGGAAACCAGACCUUUUUAAAACCUUUUUUUUAAACGUGUAACAAAAUGAUAUCAAAUACGAUGGCAACUCCAUUCAACUCCAGAAGUAUUGGCACCCUGCAUGAAAAUGAGCGUAAAAGUAUGAGAAUACUGUAUUGUUAUUCAAACAUAAACAUAUUCGUUUCCUGCAAAAUUACUGGCACCCCUACAUUUACUACAUGAACCCACUAAUGGAAACUAAUGGUCAUAACCUCCUGGCAGAGGCAACCAGGUUUUCUGUUAGCAAAUACAAAUAUUUGUGCUUAGCCGAAUUCAGGAUGCCAUCACUUAACCUUUUUAGUGGGUUUGUUAUUGAGGUGGUAUUCUUCUUGGACUCUCUCAGCUCUUGUGUACAAUUGUUAGCAAAUUUCCAAAUUUUUAAACCUUAUUAUGCACGUGAGUAUUUGCAUGUUUUCAUAUCUAUUUCCCGACUUGUACACAUUAACAAUCAUCUGUCUGUCUCUUGUAUUGAUCUUUGAUGUUACAUGUGUGCAACCUCCUAUCUGUUCAAAGUAGAAUUUCUGCAGACUGCGAACAUUUAUUUCUAGAAUUUUUUUGGGAUGACUUUUUUUUCUAUUUAUUUAAAAUAGUUUCGAAGUCAAUUUUGGCACUUACGGUUUGGGGGAAAAAAAAGAUUUUUGUUAGAGCAGAGGAAAAUUUGAAUUAUUGUGUGUAAUAUUUUACACAUUCAUUUUUACUGUCCUCAAGAUGGGUGCCAAUAAUUCUGGAGUUGACUAGCUGCAGAGUGAGACUAUAUACAUUAAAUCCCUUUAUUGUCUUUUUAAUUAAAGGACCUUGUAUCCUGUAUAUGGUGCAAUGGCUUUAUUUUGAGUUGUACAUGUUGAGCAGCAGAAAAAUCCUGCAGACACUUAAAAACACGAAAAUUCACAGAAAGACAGUUUUCUUAAUUGCUUAAAAGAAGCAUUUACAAAUGUGUAUUUUAAAACAUGUUAGUGGAUGUUUUAUUCAGGGUGCUUGUGUAUCUUGAAGUCGUAACCUCGUGGCAGAGGCAGCCAGGUUACAGUGACCAUUGGACACGUUUUGAACGGUAACAUGCCAUGGUAACAUGAAGUACACUGUGUUUACUGAUCCAGAUUGAAUCCCUCUAUGCCCUCUAGUGCUGCUUCUUCUUCAUGGAUUUGUUGUCUCCAGAAUGAGUUAUUUACCCCACAAUGUCUGACCUGUGAGUCAAAUGUGGCAUUAAAACUUUUUCCAUCACAA